AUGACCCUGGAAAGGCCAAUCCACAUGAAGCUCCAAAAUAAUUCCAAACUGUGGAUGCUAUAUGGCCAUUGGAAAAUAAAUGUUCAAUUGACUCCUCAGAUGCCGAAUAACAGCAAAAACACUUUGAGGCCAACCCAGAAGGGAGAGAUUGGAUCUUCAUUGGUCACAGAGUGGUUUGAGCCAAGUGAUGAAUCCAGGGAUGCCAGAGAAGCAGCAGAGAGGGCGUUGGACUUUUUAACUGGAUGGAUGUUGGAACCACUGGUGUUUGGAGAAUUAUCCAUUCAUCAUGAAGGCUUUGGUGGGAGAUGCGCCCCAAGCAGUGAAGUUUUUGUGUACCCGCAAGGUUUGGGGCAUGCUCUGGAAUACAUAACCAAAGAAUACAACAAGCCCAAGGUAUACAUAACUGAGAAUGGCUAUCCGCAAGCACGAGAUGAUUCCAUCCCAAUCGAGACUACUCUCCAGGACGAUGCUAGAAUUCAGCAUAUUCUUACUCAUCUCCGAGUUGUUUCAGAAGCCCUGAAGAAGGGAGUAAAUUUUAAAAGUUAUUUUAUGUGGUCAUUGAUGGAUUGCCUGGAAAUGGGCUCUGCUUAUAAUGUUCGUUACGGGCCUUGCGGCCUCUACUACACAGAUUACAACACUUUAGACCGUAUUCCUAAAAAACAAAAUAAUGACGAUGAUUAUAUUUCAGACGAAGACUUUGAUAUAGAUCCAGUACCUAUUAGAUACUUUAAUAAUGGAGUAGAAGUUGACGAUUCUGAUUGGCACUAUCCAUCUCCUUAA